AUGGAAAUUGUAGUAGACAGCCUUGUUGAGGACUUUAAGGAAGUUAUCAUCGCGACACCUAAGAAUUACAAAAAGUAUGACGAAGACCAAAUUGUUCACUUUAUCAGCAUAAUACAAGUGGAGGGAUUGAUUGUAGCCAAUGCAGCAGAACAAUGCGGCAUAUCUCGUAGUUCUGCCUACAAGCUUCUGAAUGAGUUUAACGACGGCUUCUUUUCGGUUCUCCAUGGAGCAAUCUUCGAAGAAAACCCUUCACUUGUCCUUAUUGAAGCAAAGCAGCAGCUUCGCGAACAUUUUGUUGGCUUUGAAAUAUCUGUUAAUGGACUUUAUAAGCAGAUUCGUGAGAAAUACGCAAUCUCGUUGAAGCAGACAACGAAAUAUACCUUGGGACGAGACGUCCCAAGAACCAUUGAGGUGCGCUUCAAUAUCAACUCUCAUUGGGAAGCUGCAGAAGUCAACUUUCAGGAAAGCUGUGUGUUUGUUAAUGAGGCAGGUUUCCACUUACAACUGAUGAGAGGCCGCGCUUGGCUAAGGUAG